GCUGUCAAGGAUGUAGCCUCUGUGUGCGCGUGUGCUUGAAUGCGGUUGUUAUGAUCGCCAGUCUUUUCCUCUCAACAUGCCUGCAGCGAUGCACCUCACUGUACUGGUGUCCCUGUUUGCAGUGAUAAUCUGUACAGAUGUCAGCCUUACCCCUAAAGCUCAACCAGUAACAACCACAAGGGCUGAUCACCUCAGUAGUGUGACUGUGACAAAGAAACAUGAUGCCAUUUCAUCCACUGUGAGAACCACCAACAACACACCACAGCAUAAAACUACAACCACAACACAGCAGAUUACCAGUGGAGUCACUUCAGACAAAACGUCAUUGUCACCACCCCCCUCGACUUCGUCUCAAACACCCAACAGGACAGAGGAAGCCCGUUCCAGCCAUCCUCCUGAAACUACAACGACCAACCAGACUUCCAACGAGACAGUUUCCCAUGGAUCGACACUCCCAACAGAAUCGAGACCACCAAAUGUCACUGCAACCACCAUUUUAAACAUUACUAGCCCAGCUCAUUCUCAAGGGUUGGGGAAAGGUGACUUGGAAUCAAACCCAGGCCUUGUGGCUAUCCUCUGCAUCUUCUGUAUUGUCCUUGUCCUCGUGCUGGUGGUUGCUGUUGUGAAAUGUAUCAAAUCACCAAGAUCGAACUUUGAGAGGCUUGAUGAUGUGCCAAUGGGCAAAGUCAGCGAGGAGUCUCCGUUUGCCCAGUACUCGAAAUGACAGAGGAGACCUUAUUAGACACCAAAGUCCAGGAGGAGUCUGGUCUUCUGAAGGAGUCUGAUGUUUCUGGACACAAAAAACUUUAGGUACACAAGAACAAUACAACUUUUAUGUUUUUUUCUUAGGCUCAUAUUUCUGUACAAAGCACUUUUGUCGGAGACAAUGAAAUAUUUCUGCCUCAGUUUUGACCUUUGACCUGUCUAUCUGGCUGCUUCUAAUUCUGCUGAUUUGGGCUCUGAAGCUUAAUUAACCAUUUCCUCUGUAGUUUUUUCAGCCUAAACGGUACAAAUUUAAAUUUAUUUUGUUUAUUUGAUUACCAAACUGGUGAUGUAUGUCCUCAUAAGCACUUAUAACUCAAAAUUGCACUCAAUUACAUUACAUACAACAAAUUAUGUUUUAAGUACAUAAUACAGUAAUGAUGAUUUUUGAAUGUGCACUCUUGCAGAUUUAUGUGGUCAAGAAAGAUGGAAGAUGAAUUUCCAAUGCUGAAAGUCUAUGAAAAAUGAAUGUUAUCUGCAUAUGCAAAAGACUUUUUGGGCAAUUCAGAAGCAUAACUGCAAUUGGAAUGUACCUGUAAUGUAUGUUAAAUAUAAUUUGUAUCAUAUUAUUUAUUGCCGUAUAUGAUGUAUAAAGAAUGCCUUCUGGUUUAAUCAGAUCAUCUAAUCAUUUGUAAUCAGUUUUCAGAGGCAGAAAUAAACUGAUUGCUUGAGUAACAUUUCAACGCUGACACAAUUUAACAAAAUGAUCAAUGCUGGCUAACUGGAUUAUUUCUGCCUUUAUGUAGAAACCAUUUAUAGACCUGAAAUGAAAUCAUUUUCCUCUGUACAUCUCUUCACAUACAAUUAUGAUGCGUAAUCCUCUGCCAAAUCAUAUCCAUGUGACAAAGCUGGUCUUGUUCUUUAACAUUAAUGCUUUUAACCUCCAACAUCCAACAUACAGCUCUCUCUGUAGAUGACUGAGGCACUGCAGCCUUCUUCCAGUCAAAAAUGAAAUAUCUUGACUACAUUUAUCUUUCUUGCAAUUUGUUUUGGAAGAAUGUUUGCACUUGCUGUAAAUCCAUGCUUUUCAUCCAGGCCUCCUCUGUAUGCAUCAUACACUUACUGUCAGGCAGAUGUAAAGUACAUAAUUGUGAUAUUUUCAAUCAAAUAAAAUGAAUAU